AUGAGUUCUCAAUUCGUUGGGGCCGGAUGGCCUAUUGACCCAAGGAGCCAGCGGUUCAUUUUUGAUGAAGCCACUGAAAAGAUUUUCAACCAAGAACACGACCAGGCCGUGACUAAGCGUCUUCAAAACAACAAUGUCCAAAAGUACGAUGACGUCAUUGCUAUCUCCGAGGAGACCCUCAACGCCACCUUGAGACUCAGGUAUAGCAAUCUUCUCAAGAAGAAAAAGGAUAAUCGGCUUCGAGAGUUCCGCCACGUAAUUCCUAGCUUCGGAGUCAUGAAGGCAGAGCUCGCCUCGCCCCACAUCCAGCUCGUUGCAAGCGGAAACGGGGGUGAGACUGUUCAAUUCUUUGUCAACUUUCGUUCUGGCACCUUUGUGUGGUGGAGCGGGAGCUCCCCCGAUGACUUCCAAAAGUUUAUUCAGAAGGUCGAUGGAUGGUCAAUUGCGCUCAACGUCAACUUCAACGAGAAGAAGCUGGCCCAGACUCCAGACCCCAUCCAAAAGCAAAUUUCCACCAUCGCGCCGGGCAGCUACUCUGUGUCACAGAUUAUAUUGACGUUGAGCAAUGCCAGCGUGGCAUCAAUCAACUGGGAUGCCAGCAACCUCCCCGCCACACCAGAUGUCAAAACAAAACGCGACAUGUAUGACAUCGUCCUAGCUGCUUUCAAGAGAUUCUUUGAGCAAUACAUAACUUGGCUUGGAAGAGGCCCUUACUCUGUACUGGGCUACACCAUCAAAGUAAACAAGACAGCCGACAACCAACUUCCAUCCGAGUUUCAACCAACCGCAGUAUUCCUGCGCACCCAGAUCUACACCCCCUGCACUCAGGAGUUCAAAGACCAAUUCCCCAACACCAAGCGGCCAAUCAGAGGAGGUCUGGACGCUCUCAUGUUCCUCCAGAUGACUGGAAACAAGGCCCUGCCUGAACCGAGAGACUACGAUGACAGUUUACCAGUCAAUUGGGUGACAGGUAAAGUCGAUUGCAGCAUGACUAUGUCGAAAGCUGUCUUUUGGGAUGCAUAUCUAGCUGAUAGAUUUUCCGAAUUCAACCUACAGGCACUGUCCAUUGCCAAUGAUAUUUGGUGGUGGAUUCGGACCGACGGCAGAGGACUGGAUAAUCCAUGGAAGCUAACAGAGAAGGGAAAGCCGUCGACAGCUUGGUGGCGUCCGACAGAUAAGGGUGCAAUCUUCGACUGGGAAGCGCCUGGAGGUAGGAAAAUCGGCGAUCGAGAAUACGACUCAUGGCACGCCUUUGUGGGUAACUACAUGAAGUGGAAGCCAGGCAGUGAUGAAGUCGAAAUCUCCAUGUUACUCAACUCCAUGAGGAGAGUUGAAUACGAUGGCGGCAUGUUCCAGAAUAUCGUGGAGUUGAAAUGGUCUCUGAAAUUACGUCUCAACACUAUCAAAGACGGGAAGCUUGAGACUGUAAUCACUGCGGAUUCGCCAAAAGUCACUAGCAAACAGAUAAACGAUAAUUCACGCCAAUGGUGGAGAAUGGGGGACGAUGACAUGAGAGAAUUUGAAAAGAAGACCGAGGAAUCCGUCACAGAGGCAUUGGCGAAACGUGAUUUCACCAAAGAUCUCUCGGCUAUUCUCAACGACAGAAGCAAGUUCGUGUUCCCAGGAGCAGGCGAGUUCGCCAUGCGUGAGCCCAAGUUCAACGACAGAGGUGAUUUACAACUUGACCUGAGAUUCAAGGGCGAUGAAAUUGUCGUCGACAACACAUUCCAUCUCAUCGUCAACGCGGAGGGUUUGCCUUACCACAAACAAUGGGUCAAGGUCGUCACCAUCGACACACAAACGUGGAAAGCUGUACUAGUUAAGGACCAGUGGGAAGGAACAGAAUUCCAGCUGAGUGAUGGUAACCUUGUUGUUGACGUCGAGGGGAUGCCCAGCGGACCGAGGGCGAGACCUGAAGAUUCUGAGUCUGAGUCCGUUAUGCGGCAGGUGGUAUUUGACUCCCUUGAUGGAGUCAAGUGCGAGUUCUCGAUUACUGGUAGUGAGGUUACCUUUUCGCGGAAUGAUGGGAGAACCUGGAAUCGACGGUUUUACAUUAAGGAUGGCUCCUUGGGAUUCUUAUUUGGGGAGCCGGGGCCGUAUGAUGAGGAUGCUGAUCAAUUUAUGUUAGAUGCUGUAUAUUAG